ACAUGGACGACCGAUGGUUUACUCGUUCAAACUUGUUCAAACCCUCACAUUGUAGCUGACAGUAGUACUUCCUCUUCGACUCAUUCAUGUCUGUAUUGUUUUUAAUGGUUGUAUUCGAAGUUCCGAUGGUGUCAUAUUUUAGAAAAACUUGAGGAUUUGCAAAGUAAUUGAUAGAAGUACCAACGAUAAACCAUCGGACGGCCAGUUUUUUUAGUGCAGGCGAUACCCACCAGACAUCGCAGCGAUAUAUAAUUAUAGUUAUAGUACAUAUAUAUAUAUAUAUAUAAUUAUAGUCCCCAAUUAUAGUUCACAUAACACAUAUAAUAAAUACAUAGACUGCUGGUACGGGUGGUGGAUGCUGCCCAAGAAAUAGAAAAGAAGCGCGGUUUUGUUGCCGGUUUCUCUCUUCGUCGAAUAGUUCCCAGAGUGUGGCAAGAACAGCACGUCAUUUAUGAUCCACCAAUCAGUGAACAGAAUUGGUAGGAUACAAGUUCAGGCCGUUGACGAGCUUUAUAUACCACAGUUGUAGGUGAUUCAUGAGACAAUCAAGGCGAACCUAAUCAUUAUAAUAUCAACAAAAUGUUUUCGAGUGGUCCGAAUUAUUCAAAAUUAAAGACACACCUAAGACUGGCUAUAAAUAGAUUGAAACUCUUGGAAAAAAAGAAAACAGAAUUGGCGCAGAAGGCAAGAAAGGAAAUUGCUGAUUAUAUUGCCGCAGGAAAAGUGGAGAGAGCAAAAAUACGGGUUGAACACAUUAUCAGGGAAGAUUACAUGGUUGAGGCUAUGGAACUAAUGGAAAUGUACUGUGAUCUUUUGUUGGCUAGAUUUGGACUCAUCCAACAGAUGAAAAAUUUGGAUGAAGGCCUUGCGGAAGCGAUAUCAACAGUUAUCUGGGCAGCUCCAAGACUCCAGACAGACAUUCAGGAAUUGAAAGUAAUAGCAGAUAUUCUUACAUCCAAGUAUGGCAGACAAUACACAGAAGCCUGCAAAGAUGAGGCAGUACAGACGAUAUCUGAAAAGCUCAAACAUAAAUUGAGUGUUCAGUCCCCAUCAAAAUUAUUGGUUGAAAAGUAUAUAAUUGAAAUUGCCAAGAACUACAAUGUUGAGUACGAACCUGAUCCUCAGGUGAUGGCUGAGGGACAAGAUACAUUGUUGAUUGAUGUUGAUGGUGGAGGGCAGCUUCCAAAUAACUUGGACAGUGCUGGUGCUCAUUUUGGUAAUGCAGAUCCCGUUGGGUUCAUUGGAUUCCCUCAGGCACCUAAGCUGCCUGAACCCCCGUCUAAUUUCGGUGCAAUGGGUGGAGGGGAGAAGCCCAAAGGUAUCCCAAUGGGUUUUGUGUCACCGGGUGCUCCAAUGAUGCCGGAGAAAGAUCAAAAUAUUCCAUUCAACCCAGCUGCAUUCUCUUAUAAUAUUCCUUUGGAUAAUGCAAAUACAAAUAAACCAGAUGAUGAUUUGCCGCCACCUUACUCAUUCCCUCCCGAUUUGAAUAAACAGUCGGAUAUUAAACCUAAACCACAACCGAGAUCAAAAAUGCCCAUGAAUGACUUUCAACUGCCAGAUCUACCAGCUGUUCCAUCAGACAAUGAUACACCAGGACGUAGUGGUGACAAUGAUGAUAUUGACUUUGAUGACCUUAUGAAACGUUUCGAAGACCUUAAAAAGAGCAAGUGAAUUUUCUUAAUCGAAAAACAUUUGGCUCUUUCCAGAAUACUUCAUUUUCACCCCCACAGGUUUAUCAAUUCUUAAUGAACUGUCUCAAUUUUAUUGGCUAGUAUUGGCUUGGUUUGUUGAUUGGUUGCACCAAGCCUUAUAAAUUAAUUUGACCUUAAAGGUCAAUUUUGUAAUUGAAAUAAAUAACAAUGGGGUUUAUUUUUUUUAUCAGUC